CAACCCUACCAUUUUGCAACCUUCCCUUUUUGUUUCUCUUUCUCUCUCUCUCUCUCUCUGUGUGUGUGUGUGUUUAGCCUGGUCUUGGCGUCUGCACCUGCUUGGGCCAGGUCCUCUCCUUCUCUGGGCUCAUCGCUUUCGAUUUCAUCAUCACUGUGUUUUCAAAGGAAGAAGAUACUAGUAGAGAGAGAGAGAGAGAGAAACUAAGCAUGGCUCAACAAACCAACGGUGCCGAUCUGAAUCAGCAGCCUAACCAGCACCAUCAGCAACAGUGGGCGCAGCCGCAUCAGUAUCAGCAACAAUGGAUGUCCAUGCAGUAUCCCGCCACCGCCAUGGCCAUGAUGCAACAGCAGAUGAUGAUGUACCCUCAGCAUUACAUGCCUUAUGUCCAUCACCAUUACCAGCCGCCUCACCAGCAGCAGCAGCAGCAGCAGCAGAACCCUACGCCGCCGCCGCCGACGCACCACCACCACAACAACCACCACCACCAGCAGAAGCACCAGCAGCAGCAAGUCUCCCCCGAUGAGAUCAGGACGAUCUGGCUCGGUGACCUUCACCAUUGGAUGGAUGAGAGCUACCUCCAUAACUGCUUCGCUUACACAGGAGAGGUUGUAUCAGCCAAGGUCAUACGGAAUAAGCAAACCGGUCAGUCGGAGGGAUAUGGAUUUCUGGAGUUCUAUUCGCGAGCAACAGCUGAGAAAGUCUUGCAGAACUACAAUGGUACAAUGAUGCCGAAUACAGAUCAGGCAUUUCGUCUAAAUUGGGCAACAUUCAGUGCAGGUGAAAGGCGUACUAGUACUGAGGCUAGUUCUGAUCUCUCUAUAUUUGUGGGGGACUUGGCGAUAGAUGUUACUGAUGCUAUGCUGCAAGAGACUUUUGCUAGCAGAUAUUCAUCCAUCAAGGGAGCAAAAGUUGUCAUCGAUUCUAAUACUGGCCGUUCAAAAGGCUAUGGUUUUGUUAGGUUUGGUGAUGAAAAUGAAAGGACAAGGGCAAUGUCUGAAAUGAAUGGGGUUUACUGUUCUAGUAGGCCUAUGCGAAUAGGUGUUGCAACGCCCAAGAAAACUUACGGCUAUCAACCACAAUAUUCUUCACAAGCUGUGGUGUUGGCUGGUGGACACUCAUCUAAUGGUGCAGUGGCCCAAGGUUCCCAGUCUGAAGGGGAUUUUAACAACACAACUAUAUUUGUUGGAGGACUUGAUUCUGACAUCAGUGAUGAGGAUCUCAGACAACCAUUUUUGCAAUUUGGUGAGGUUGUCUCUGUGAAAAUUCCCGUGGGUAAAGGGUGUGGUUUUGUUCAAUUUGCUGACAGAAAGAAUGCUGAGGAAGCAAUUCAGGCAUUGAAUGGGACAAUAAUUGGGAAGCAGACAGUGCGUCUUUCCUGGGGUCGCAGUCCAGGAAAUAAGCAUUGGAGGACUGAUUCCAAUGGAAGCCAUUAUGCUGGUCAGGGUUAUGGAGGCCAUGGAUUUGCUGUGAGACAGAAUCAGGAUAUAGCUAUGCAUCCUGCUGCUACAAUUCAAGGAGCUUCCUAACGGGGCGUAGCAGAACUGAGUAUUGAAGUAGGAUGGAUUUUAUUGCUCUCUUAAGUAAACUGUAGUAUUAUUUUGAAAUUUCUAGCUGGCUUAUAUGGUAUGCGAGGUUAUUAAGAUUGUAUUAAUAUGUUGUCUGAAAUUUUGGAUUGAACCUGACCAUAUAUUAUGGCUCGGGUAUUCUUGGUUUUUUAACCCUUAAAAACAUAUUGGUAGUAGACAGCCAAGCUUAUUUUGAAUACUUAUCAUA